CUUGCUUUCGACAAAGUCGUUAGCACCCCCGUCAGCGCCGGGCGAGCUCUGUUCAUUGACCCUUGAGCAUGUCUACGAUAGGCGGGGCUUCCUCGAAGCAAUCUCAGCGAUCAAGCUCGACGACGAGGUCAUCUCGACGUGCAACGCUUGGAAUCGGCUCGUUGUCCCCUGAGCGAUCCAUGAGGACGGCGGUGUUGAGGGAGAGGAGUAACGAUGGGGCCGUGAAGGCUAAGGAAACGACCAAGGCAUCGAAAGGCCCCACCCGAACGCAGCAGAUGCAGUUCGCGUUCGGCUCCAAGAUCAUCAAACCUAGCUCUACUGGCUCCGGCAGCACGGCAGGGAUGGGCAGCGGCGGCGCGGUCAUGCCGACCAGGGGAAGAACAACGACGACAGCACACAGCGGUGGCGCGGUCGCUGCGGAUACCGGCAGCGCGCUGGCUCGGUCGAGGCGAGAAAGGGCCGCCAGACACGAUACCCAAGAUCAACAGCCGCAGCAGCGAGCUAGCUCGCGAGGACGAGGGGCUGCGCGUGCGGAGAAGCAGCAGUCUCUGGCCAGCACAACGCGACAAGAAUCCGACCAUCAUCAUCAUCAUGCAUCGGCCGCCCUCAAGGUCCAGCUGGAAGAGAAGGAGAGUGUCAUCGCUGAGCUGAGGAGACAGCUCGAAGCAAAAGCCGGGGGAGGUGAUUCUGGCGUCAAGGAAUCGUCGGCGUUGUCUUCUGCGUCCGAAACUUCGAAGGGGUUCAAUACGAGGUGUUGCUAUGGUAAUGGGGGUCAAGUUUCCUUUUUUUUUGGAAACGGAGGGAGGCCAAAGUUUUUUUUAGGUCGGUAUCAAGGCGGCAUAGCUACGUACGUGUUGGUUGGUUUGAGCUCUCUUUGA